UACGACGUCGUGCGUGAUCGUGAUCGAGAGCAGUUGGCCACCGGUACGCCGUACGAGGAGGUCUGCAUCAUUGCCAGUGUAACGGCCGACAGUCUGACCACUAGGACAACGUUCCCGGGGUACCGCAUGAUAGAACUGUUCUACCCGACCGUGCCGUACUUUGGUCCGAACGUGUUCCGGCGGUUCAACCGCACGACGCUGAGCCUGGAACUGCGCAAGGGUACGAUCGAUGAGCUCGUCAUGGGGUUGAGCCACUUGGAAAGCCUGAAGGUGAGCGACACCGGCCUGGGCUUGUUCGAGGUGCUUCCGGAAGCGAACUCAAUCCUGCAGGCGCUCGCCAUCCACGAGCGCAAACUGGUCCGCCUGUCGGCCAACGUGCGCUUUCUGGUAGGACUCCAGCUGCUCGACCUCUCCGGGUGCUCGCUGACGACGGUAGACCUCGGGACGCUCACGCCGAUCCCUUGGCUGACGGUGCUGAACUUGGCCGACAAUCGGUUGACGCUUGUCGAGGCCACCGAAGAUGUCGUGCUGCCGGAACUGAUCAUGUUCGACGUCCAGCAGAACGACCUCCAACGGAUCGCCCGCUAUCCGGAGAUGUUCCCCGGGCUUCGAUUCACGCGCUUGCUUCAGAACGGGUGGCGGUGCGAGUGGGUCAGCGAGGUGCGGAACAAAAUCUGGACCAGCCGGAUCACGGUGCUAGGCUCGGACUUUGAGUGCGCGGGCGAGGCCCGGGUGAACAAUGGCGGACUGUGUUGUGUGCCGACCGAGGAGCGGAUCGCCAUUAGUAAAACGAUGCUCUCGGUUCUGGCCGAGCUCGGGCGGUCAGCGGUGGCCGGAGAUGGUAGUCCCCGGGGGUCCGGGACCGCUGAUAGUGCAACCGUUGCCGACGCACCGCCGAUGACGGUCAAAGUGUUCGAAAACGAAACCGUCGAAGGGGUGAUCGGUGUCGAGAUGGACAACGUUGGCAUCUACUUGCAAGAGCCCGUCGGGGCCAUCUAGAGUAGAGUGGCCGGUGGCUCUGAUUAACGUUGAUCGCAUCCAUUCGCGGUCGGCUGAUAAGGCUGUUUAGUUUGUACCGAUCGGUC